AAGUAUCUUUGUAUCUCAACACUGCGCAAACUAAGUAAAUUCUCUACACUAGCGUCCGACACGCUCGACGCUAUAUGUACAUUGAGUAUUUGUUGCUUAGUUUCAGCAGUGUUUCCAAAGCGUUUGGGUGUGUUUUCGAUCUACUAAACUUGUCGGACUGUCGUCGCUCGGUGUCGCUGUAUCGGCCACUGCAAAGAUUGAGAGUUUAUUGGAAAAAAAAAAAAAUAAAAGUUAAAUUUGUGUGUGUGUAGAAGCAGAAAAAAACGAACGAGAAAAAAUAUUGGCAAUAUUUCAAGAAAAAUAAAUUAUAAAAAUAAUAAUAUUAUUAUAUGUACAUACAUAUGUAUAUAUGUACAUAUACACGAAAGGUGGCCAAGUGACGCGCAUAUUGUUGACAUUGAUUGUGUGACGAGCCGAGGCGAGGCAAAGCAAACAAAAAAUUACCAAAUAAAUUUAUGAAUUUUAAUUUAAAUAUAACAAUUGUGUAAUCACAAUAACAACAACAAAGUGGCAACAAAAAAGUAUGGCAAAAACUAGUUGACUGCCGAGACGGACUAAAAGUGAAUUAAGCAAAAAAAUUGGCCGAAAGUGAAAAAAUCGUGAAAAAAUCAGCCAGUUCUAUAAACACACAGGCACUCACACAUUAAAUAAAUUAUAAAGUAUACAUGUAUGUGUAUAUAGAAUUGUGUGUAUAUGUACGAGUGAACGAGUGAACGAGUGAACGAGUGAACAAACGAAGCGAUACACAGAUAUUUGCUGACUAGUAUAGCCCCCCCACCCCAACCGCAGUAAAAGUUGCUAGACACGUCAACUCCAACGCAACAACACACACACACACACACAUACAUACAUACAUACACGCAAUACGACAAAGUAGAUAUAAAAAACUGGUCAAUCAAGCAGAUAAUUCUAAGAAUUCGCUGCAGAAAAUUAAAGAAAAAAAUUUAAUAUUAAUUAAAGCGUGCAAAAAAUACUAAAAAACAACAACAACUACAACUACCGCCUUCAGGAAUUGUAGCAGUUGCCUAAGACAUUAAAAUAACAACAAUAAAAAAAUUUGAGUUAACCGUUUCAUAGCAGCUAAACAACUAAAACUUAGCGAACUCACCCAACAACCCCACACGUUUCCACCACAAACACCAACCAGCCGUUUGCCCUCCGCCAAAAGAUCCUGAACAAACCGACAACCAUUGACAUACAGACAACAUGCAAGCCAUCAAGUGUGUCGUCGUCGGUGACGGUGCUGUGGGUAAGACUUGUCUACUCAUCAGUUACACCACAAAUGCCUUUCCCGGCGAGUAUAUACCCACCGUGUUCGAUAAUUACUCUGCCAAUGUGAUGGUCGAUGCGAAACCAAUCAAUUUGGGUCUCUGGGAUACAGCCGGGCAGGAGGAUUACGAUCGUCUACGUCCACUUUCCUAUCCACAAACGGACGUCUUCCUCAUUUGUUUCUCGUUGGUUAAUCCAGCCUCCUUUGAGAAUGUACGCGCCAAAUGGUAUCCCGAAGUGCGUCAUCACUGUCCCAAUGUGCCGAUCAUUUUGGUCGGCACGAAGCUGGAUUUGCGUGAUGAUAAAGCGACUAUUGAGAAAUUGAAGGAGAAGAAGCUCACACCCAUCACAUAUCCACAGGGUUUGGCGAUGGCGAAGGAGAUUGGUGCUGUUAAGUAUCUGGAAUGUUCGGCGUUGACGCAGAAGGGUUUGAAGACGGUUUUUGAUGAGGCUAUACGCUCGGUGCUGUGUCCGGUAAUGCGUGUGAAGCGUUCGCGCAAGUGCGCGCUGUUGUAAGCAGGCGGAGAUUGCUAAACAUUAACUACAUACGUAUAUGCAUAUGCAUACACGUACAUAUAAGAAACAAGUGUGGCGUGUGCGCAGGUUUUAUGCGAAUUCUGAAGAGGUAGAAGAAGAAGACAGGCGAGCAGACAAGGUCGCGUUGAUUUUUUGCUUGACUUUUGCAGGAAAAAAAUUUGUUUAAGGCAAAAUGCCGCACUAUGUAUAAUAAAUGAGAAAAAAUAUAUAUGUAUUUAUUAAGUGAAAAAAAAUAUUUUCUACUUUUUGCCGUGUGAAUUAUGCCACAUAAAUGUGCAACAACGUCAUGAAGAUGUAGAAAAUGUUGACGAAAUAUUGUAAAGGAAAGUAGAGGAAAAUCAGCAUUAACAUUUUAUUAACUCAUUAUUGCACCUUUUCUACAGUGAAUACAGAUUUACACUGACUACGUACAUACAAACAUAUAUAUCUAAAAACGAUGUCUCUAAGCACAUGCAACAAUCGGAGUUUUUUCUUGGAAUUAAAUUUUUUUAAUUUUCCUUUUUUUUUUAAUUUAAUUAUUUUAAAAUCAACUUUUUCUCACAUGAAAUGAAAAAUAUGCUGUAUAAGUAUGUAUCUACAACGUGCAUACAAAGUGUGUGUUGGUUGUAAAAUAGCAAAGAAAAAAAAAUAAUAAUAUUAAUAUAAAUAUGUACAUACAUAUAUGUAUGUGUUUUUGUAUUUGUAUUUAUAUGUUAGAUAGAUAUACUCUUAUGUAUGUACAUACAUAUAACAAAAGCCAGACCAAAGCAGUUAAGCUAAAUUCGAUUCAAUACAGAAUUCGUCAGCGUUUAUCUCAUACCACAGCCGAGUCGAACAGCUGGAUCUUGGGAGAAUGUGUGUGUGCAAAGUGAGAGCGAACAAUUUCAAUUUACAUGCAUACACAUGGUACAUACCUAUUGCUUUAUAUAUCGAAGUAAUUAAAUAUAAAAAAAAAAUUGUUUUUCCCUCAAGCGAUUGAAUGCUGCUGAGAAGUGCUCAUAUCUGAAAUAUGUCAAAUUUUCUAUGAAAAAUAAUAUUAAAAUAAAUUAUUAUUAUUAAUUUGAAAAUUUUAUAUUUAUACAAAUUCAAGCAAGAAUUCAGUUUAAUCGCCAAGAAGUCGACACAAAAGUUAUAAUUUAUUGAUGUAAAAUGUUUUAAAGAUUUUAAAUUUUCAAAUUAAAAUUAAAAAGUUACAACAUAAGAAAAACAAUAAAUUUACAAUAAAUAUAUUAUUAAAAUUAAUUUUUGCUACGUAUCAAGCAGUGCUCGAUACUCGUUUGUUCAUCAAAUGUAGCGAGCUUUUGAAUGUACCGUGUAGCAGUACCAGCAUUUCCCACACAAUUAAAAGUUUUAUUUAAAAUUUCAAUAAUUUUUGUAUUUUGCAUAAAUAAAUUUAAAAAUGUGUGAAAAUUGCGGUAAAAACAAAAAACAUUUUGCAAAAAAAAGGUCGAAAAGCUUCAAUUUGAGCUUUAUUUCAUUCAACAUACACUCGCUAUUGUGACGUCAGCAGCACAGCUGCUACGCUUAAAUAUAAAACUGUCGUAAACAUGAACAUGUGUGAAAUCAUCACCAUCCACUUCCACCCCCACCAUCUGCUGAAGUAGAGCUACUAAGAGUAAUGGAGUUCAAAGCUCUCAAGUGGCUUUUUGAGAUUAAUAAUUAGAAAAAAAAUUUGCAAGCAAUAAAUAAUUUAGCCUCAUGCUUACAACACUGAGAAAACUCUAGCAACAAGCUUAAAUUGCUUAGGAGCUUUUUAACGUUUUCUCCCCUUAAUUAUUGCCAAAUUUUCAGCGCCAAAUUUGAUAUUAUUCUAAGUUGGGAAAUAAUUAUUAAGAUCUUGAGGCAAAUUGUGUGAGAAUUACAAUUUGAGAGCGGCUUUAUAAAGAAAUUAUUUAUUUUUGAUGCUUUGACAAGACUUUUAAGCUAUCUAAGCUCUUUUUGUCUCUGUUAUGUGCGGUUUAUGGACAACAUUAAGUGUAAUCUUAAAUAUAGACAGUUGGUGAAUUAAAACCAUUAAGAUUAUUUAAAAAACUUUUUAUUGUGGUUUAAUACGCUAUAAGUUUUUAAGCCCCAUUAAAGCUAUUACCAAAAAUCUUUAGCUUUUGGACUUUUGAUUACGUGGUAUUUCGUGAAAGCUCAUGCUAUUUGAAUUGCUUUAAAGCUGAUAUUGCAGCAUCGGGUAUCCAAAGCUUUUAGUCUUAAUUACAUUUUAUAUUUGAGCUUUAAAGGGAAUCACACAGAAUCUGUUUAAUUCUAAAAUACCUAAAAUACUUAGCAUAAAAGUCACAUCAUAUUUUGGUGAAAGCUCAGCUAGCAAGCUUUUUAUGCAAAACUAUAGAAGUGAUGAGUAUAAAAAUCUUUUUAUUUCUUUACUGCUUAUGCUUUGAGUAACCCUAUGCCUUUAAAAAAAAAAAAGGGUAAUUAACUUGAGCUUUUUUGAAGGACAAUUUCCGUUCGUAAAAAAUAAACUGAGAGGUCAACGUUUGUUGACAACUGAAGAGGCGGUUGAUGCCUGCAAGAGUACAUAGAUCUCAAAGCAGCAUAUUUUGAAUAGCAAUAAAGUGAUUUUCGAUGAUUAAUAUUUGUUUUUGUUCUCUAAUCAUAAAAUAUUAUAGGCAACGCUUAGAUAUCUCAGCUGACUUUUUAAUUGAUCUCUACUCCUACGUCUUACAAUCACAAAAAGUGUGGAGUACACGUAAAAUCCGACUGAUAUAACUGCUCAGCGAAUCGAACUCGCAUCGGAUGAUCACGAGGCUUCUAUUCUUCGACCAAUCGGGCUUUAUAAGCUGAGGUCUUUUUACGAAAUCUUUCGCG